AUGGAUGGACACAGUGGCGGGCCUCCCGACUUCCAUCACUUGGUCUCUCAUCUGAACCUCGACCCGGACGCCUGGCAGUCAUCACAAGCCGAUGGGACCUCAUCUACCGUGUCGUCCGUGACCGAUGGCCUGCGUUUGCAGAGCGCUAUCCCCGCCCAGCUGUAUCCUACUACCACCACCUCAUCGCCACGCAACUCUCUGUUCUCUGGCCCUCCCGCUUCUGCGCCGCCAUCCAACUCCUCUCGCCCCCUGCUCCCGCCCCAGCCCAUCACCUCCCCUCCGUCUUCUUCAAGACGCUCCGCUCGCUUUGACGUCGAGCUGCCCGGCCGCAAUCGCACCCCGAUAGCCAGGGUUGAGAAGGAUGUGGAUGAUCCUACCACUCCCGUCGGCUCUCGGAGAUCCAACGAACGGAGCGAACACCAGAAUCUCACCACCCUGAGUCGCCUGUUCGCCGGCACUUCGCCUUCCUCGACGAGGUCCACUCCCUACAGCAGAAUGCAAUCGAGCUCUGCUGCCGGAAUGAUCCCCGGCUCUUUGUCCCAUCACGUCUACACCAGAGGCCUGCUUGACGGUCGUCACUCAGACAUCAUUAUCGUAGCCUUUGGAAAGAGAUAUCGCCUUCACCGGCUGGUUCUCGACCAAGCGCCCUUCUUCAGUUCCAUGCUCUCCGGCCCCUGGCGAGAGAGUCGCGCUGAAGAGGUUACGCUCCAUCCAGAGGGAAUCGACCACUGUAUCUCAGAGGCGGCCUUUGAGCUGACUCUGAAACGCCUGUACGGCUUCGAUAUCUCCGAGGAGGAAGACGCCGAGUGCUUGGGGUUGUUCGCGACUGCAUGCUGGCUCGAAAUGCAGGACCUGAUCGACUCGAGCAUUGACGCCAUCCUGCGAAGGAUGCAUCCCGACAAUCUUGGCCCACUCAUCAAGCUGGUCACCCUGCAGUACUAUGGAAGAGCUGGUGAGAGGCUACUCGCGUCAGCAAAGGCUAUGCUCUGCAGGGACGGUUGCGAGAUGAAACUGAAGAACUGGGAUGAGGUCCCUGGUGAGAUCGUCCGGGAGAUCGUCGGUGGGGACGGCUUCUAUAUCCACGGGGAAUGGGAGAGAUGGGUCUUGGCAAAACGCCUGCUGGACCGCCGACUCAAGAAGGUGGCUGCCGAGUUCGGCCUCAUCAAGUCUGCGAAAUCUCGGAGCACAAAAGCACCAGACAUGCUCGGCCUCAUGGCCGUCAGGUUCGACAGUGUCUAUCGUCAAAAUGCCAUCACGACUGGCUUGUCACGCCAGGAGAAUCCCAUGGAUGAGCAGCAAAAAUGGAUGUCUCUGUACACCCAUCAUGACAUCGAGCCUCUCUUGGUUCUGCUCGAGGAAGGAAUUCACUACAUCCAUCUGGAAUUUGAGCAGCUGCAGUUCAUCCGGACAGCACGUGAUACCUUUGGACUGCCAAUUGUCUCGGAGAAGGCAAUCACAAAUGCUCUGUGGAUGCAGAUGGAGCUUCGGCAGAAAGUGCUGUCUGCAAAUCCACAGGAUAUGGAACUCGGCCUCAGUAAGGCGGCUGAGCAAGAGCAGCCACACCCGCAGUCAUCCAGGAGCAGCACCUCAUCAAAAGGCAAGCAAACCGCCGUGGAACCAACAACCCCUGACUCAGAGCACGAAGAGAUGGACUCCGGUAGUUGGGAUGCCAACGGCAAGCCUCGAAAAUUCUGGAUUCCCUCAGCAGACUGCAACAUCGUCAUGGGCGGCGCUGCUGAGCCCGUCAUCACCACAACAAGCGCCUCUCCUCGCCAUGCUUCACGCUUAUCAGCUACGCUGCAGCCGGAAGAUGUUCAAUGGGCGACAGACUUCUCCGUCAUGCCAGACGCCAACCGCAUACCAACACCGUUCCGUCCAGGGUCUUCUGGUGGCAUGCCCACGUCCAGACCCAAGGGUGUCUCCUACACGCACUUUCCUCCUUUCCGCUUUGCAGCCGAGUUCCCGAAUCCGCGUCUACUAAAGGAGAAAAAGCGCGUCUACUCCCGCACCGUCUUCUACGCUGGCUCGCUUUGGAACAUCUACAUCCAGAAAGUCCGCUCAUCCAAGAACCCCCAGCUGGGCGUGUACCUGCACCGCGCAAAGGAGUACUCGGCCGAAGACGGCGCCAACACCGGCGAAAUCAUGACAUCCGCCUCCGCCCGCAUCGGCGAGCUCGAGCGGCGCAUCCUCGUUGGCGGCACAGGCACGGAGCGCAGCUCCCGCCGCAGUCGACAGGCCGAGCAGGUCGCCACGGCCAUGAUGGGCAUCGCUCCAGAAGACGACAACACGUCCAGCGGCGGCGACGGCGAAAUCAUCACAACACCCACCACCACCUCCCGCACCGGCGAGCGGCCGUCCCGCCACCGCUCGCAAACCGUCCCGCCGCAGGCCGACCUCAGCUCGACCGCCGGCCUGCCGGAAUGGAUGCGCACGCCCUGGACGACGGCCGGCGAUACGGAGAACGACGAAGAAGACGAAUCAGACACCGAGAACCUUACGCACUCGCAAUACGUCCGCCACCGCCUGCCGGGCAAUCCCUACUACCACCCCUCCUCCGCCGCCAUCCCGCCGGCCCCUCCUUCCCGCACCGCAUCGACGUCGUCUUUCUCCAGCAAGCAUGGCCACGACAGGCGCCAACCUGAGUCCGCCAUCACCAUCCCGCCGUACAUCGAUGGUAGGCCGACGAUCAAGACGUACUUUAAGAUCUACUCGCCCUCUAAGGGUGGCCGCCUGCUGUCGGUGUACGAGAGCGCGCCGGACCGCUUCAACUUCAGUCAGAGCUGGGGCUGGAAGAGCAGCACGUUGAUGCUGGAUGAUACCGUUGCUGCGGCGCCGGCAGCUGCAGGUAGCAGCUCUGCGGCGGGGGCUGGGGCUGACGCCGGCGAUAUCCUGGCUGGCACCGCUACGGCGAUUGAUGGCAUAGAGCAGGCAACGCAGGCAUUGGCCGGGGAGGUGGGUGCGGAGGGGAGUAGGGCGAGUAGUGCGGCGUGGAAGGAGAGGGGGAGGAGUAAGAAGGGGGAUGGGUUGUUGCGGUUUAUGGUUGUGAUUGGGAACUUGUAG